AUGUCAAAAAUCACAGCUUCUCCUCCUCACAUAGCUCUGUUGCCAAGUGCUGGGAUGGGUCAUUUGACCCCCUUCCUCCGCCUUGCUUCCAUGCUCUCCUCCAGAAGCUGUACGGUCACCUUGAUCACUGCCUCCCCUUCUGUUUCUGCUGCAGAGUCCUCUCACAUUUCCUUCUUUUUAUCUCAGCAUCCACAGGUCAAGCACAUUGAGUUCCAAGUCCUUCCCUCCAAGCCCACCACUGAUGACCCUUUCUUCCUCCAAUUUGAAGCCACCAACCGCUCUGUCCAUCUUCUUUACCCUUCACUUGCUUCUGCAUCUCCACCUCUCUCAGCCAUCUUUUCUGACUUUGCAGUGGCUCCCAGUAUUGCUCCUGUUGCUGCUGAUCUUGGCAUCCCCAAUUACAUCAUCUCCACCACCUCUUGUAAGUUUUUCUGUCUCCUAGCCUACCUUCCAGUCCUUCUAUCCGACCCUUUGAGUUUUAGCAGCAGCCUCAGUGAAGUCAGCAUCCCAGGCAUCACCCCAUUGCCCCUACCAAGCAUUCCUCCUCCAUUUAAGAACCCAAAUCAUCUUUUCACAUCACUAACUGCGGCAAAUGCUCAAGCUCUCUCUAAGGCCAAAGGGAUUCUAAUGAACAUUUUCGAUGAUUUUGAACCGGAAACUCUAGCUGCUAUCAACAGCGGCAGAGUUUUAGACAAUCUCCCACCAAUCCUCCCCAUUGGACCAUUAGAAACUUUUGAGCCCAAGAAAGAGCUGGACCAGUCCUAUCUGCCAUGGCUAGACAGCCAACCAGCAGAGUCUGUAGUUUAUGUGAGCUUUGGAAGCAGAACAGCCAUGUCCAGUGCUCAGAUAACAGAGCUGUCAAAAGGGUUGGAGAGAAGCGGAUAUAGAUUUUUGUGGGUACUUAAAACAAGCAAAGUUGAUAAAGAUGAUAAAGAAGAGCUGAAAGAUCUUCUGGAGGAGUCAUUUUUUGACAGAACUAAGAACAAGGGAAGAAUAGUGAAGGGGUGGGUGAGCCAGCAGGACAUUCUUGAACACCGUGCCAUUGGCGGAUUUCUCAAUCACUGCGGGUGGAAUUCGGUCAUGGAAGCAGCCCGGAAGGGCAUACCGAUGCUGGCAUGGCCACAACACGGGGAUCAAAGUGUGAAUGCAGAGGUUGUGGAGAAGGCAGGGCUGGGAAUAUGGGAGAGGAAAUGGGGUUGGGGUCUUGAAGGGUUGGUGAGUGGUGAGGAGAUAGGGAAAAAGAUUGUGGAGCUAAUGGAAGAUGAGAAGCUGAGGGGUUUGGCGAGGAAGGUAGGGGAAAAUGCUGGGAAGGCUAUUGGUAUUGGUGGGAAAUCUGAGAAGGUGCUCACUGAAGUCCUGGAAUAUCUUGAGCAGAAGAAGAACUGA